AUGGAGCCAUUCAUCCUGGUGAAGUUCAACAAAGUCCCUGUGGAAGGAGAUGACGAUCCGCUAGCUAGCUUGGUGAUGUUCGAAUGGAAGGAUGAGGGUCUGAUUGGAAGACGUACCGACGGGAGCAACGACGUCGCUGAAAAAGAAACCAUCUGUGAUAUCGAAAAUGUCGAGGCGAAGCUCUGCGAGCAAGAACAGCUUGGCUCUUUCAUCCUCGCAGUCAACGCAACUGAGAAUUCGAAACAACCAAUACUAUCCCACGCGAUCCAUUUGAAAGAGCCAGACGCGAUAAGGUACCCUAUCGCAAAGACAGGCUUCUACUGCGUCAGCACCUUCGCUUUCUCAGAUACCGAUUACAGCGCCAUUGUUACCUUUCGCAAUGCUUACGGAGAGCUUCCAGCAGCUCAAAUUGCCAAGCUUCCCUUCUACGGCGGGCUCACGAUCACAUAUGCUGUCCUGGGAGCAUUUUGGGCAUUCUUGUAUGUCCAGCAUAGAUCGGAUAUCCUACCGGUACAGAACUAUAUCACAGCUACCAUCAUCUUCCUCAUUAUCGAACAACUUAUGACCUGGGGCUUUUAUGACUACCAAAAUCGAAACGGCAACAAUGGCCUCAACAAAGCACUGAUGGUCUUGGUAGCCAUAUUGAACGCUGGCAGAAAUUCCCUCUCAUUCUUCCUGCUUCUUAUUGUUUGCAUGGGUUACGGGGUCGUCAAACCAUCCUUAGGCAAGACAAUGAUCUAUGUUCGCGUUCUUGCUGUUGCACACUUUUUCUUCGGCGUCAUAUACGCCGUAGCUUCGCUUUCAGUGACGCCUGACUCGGCCGGGCCAUUGGUAUUGUUGGUUAUCCUACCUCUUUCAGCAACUUUAACGGCUUUCUACAUCUGGACCCUCAACUCACUUAGCGCCACUAUGAAGGAUCUGAUUGAUCGCAAGCAGAAGACCAAGGCGAUGAUGUACAAGAAGCUGUGGUGGUGCAUACUCGGCUCUAUCAUGGUCAUUUUCGGGUUCUUCUUUGUCAAUUCCUUCGCCUUUGCCGGGAGGAAUGAAGCCAAUUUCGUACCAGAAAAUUGGCAGACACGGUGGUUCAUACUUGACGGAUGGCUCAAUCUUGUAUACCUCUUCGAUUUUGCCUUUGUUGCCUACCUGUGGCGGCCAACAGCCAAUAACCGGAGAUUUGCCAUGAGUGAUGAGUUAGCACAAGACGACGACGGCUUCGAAAUCCGCUCCAUGGCCGACUCUUUGGACGAAGAAGAGGCCAGAACACCAGAUGAUCGAACGCCAGUAACCAACGGAACAACAGGUCGUGGUCUAUCACCUAAUCCUCCAUCAAAUCCUCCACCAAAACCAUCAGAUCAAGCACCUUCAUCUCGACCACGAGAGUCACUAGACGGUGAGACAAUCUUCGCAGUUGGUGAAGACGGAGAUAAAUGGUCUGAUGAGGACGAGAGUCCAAGGAAUUCAGAAGAGAGGAGAAGGCUGACCGGUAAGAAUUCUUGA